CGUGGUGUCGUCACUUCCGGUCAUGCGCUUUGACAGUCUUGGUUUGUGACACUCUGAGCAGAAAUAGAGGAUUUAGAUGCUCUUUAUACCCGAUUAAUACACUGUUGUGAACGGUUUUGCAAAGUCUUCAGUCAUGGAGUUGUCUGAAAUACUGUACAACAAAGCGGAGUACAUAGAGACGGCCUCCGGUAACAAAGUGAGCAGACAAUCUGUGCUGUGUGGAAGUCAAAACAUUGUCCUCAAUGGAAAAACUAUUGUCAUGAACGACUGCAUCAUCAGAGGAGACCUGGCUAAUGUCAGGGUGGGGAGACACUGCGUGGUGAAGAGCAGGAGUGUCAUCAGACCACCGUUCAAAAAGUUCAGCAAAGGAGUGGCCUUCUUCCCUUUACACAUUGGAGACCACGUCUUCAUCGAGGAGGACUGCGUGGUCAACGCGGCGCAGAUCGGUUCAUACGUCCAUAUCGGCAAGAACUGUGUCAUAGGUCGUCGGUGUGUGUUAAAGGACUGCUGCAAGAUCUUAGACAACACUGUGCUUCCUCCUGAGACGGUGGUUCCUCCUUUCACAGUCUUCUCUGGAUGCCCAGGUCUCUUUUCUGGAGAACUCCCAGAAUGCACGCAGGACCUGAUGAUUGACGUGACCAAGAGCUACUACCAGAAGUUCCUGCCCCUCAGCCAGAUCUGAGCCCCGCUGCCGGCGCUUCCCCGCUGAAGCUCAUCCCGCUCGCAGCCAGAUGUUGACGGGCUCUGACAAACUGAGAGCUCGCACUCUGUCCCCCAUCUCCCGCAGGACUCCGGUUUCAACGCCCAUCCGUGAAAACUCCCAACGAUUGAAGCACAUGGCGAUUAAACUUUGACAAAACACUUCAGCUCCAAAUUGCCCAGAAGUGACUUUUUAAAAUCUUUUAGUUUUAAAAUGUUCUCAAAUCUGUCAUUAAAACCACUGCAGCUGUAUUUAUGUGAGGAUAGCCUGAUCAGAGUGUGGAGGAGGACCAGCAGGACCUCUGAGAGGAUGAAGAGCCGUUGAAGGAUUUGGGAACACGGCUUAUAAUGUUAAACGCUCACGGACCGAAACUCCAGUUCCUGCAGGACGCCGGCUGUACGUGUGUACAGCUUGUAUCCACACUUCCUUCAGAUGGCAGAGCAGCGCUUUAUUUUUUGAUGUAGAUCCAUUUUUGUUUUCACUUUCAUCGGCUUGUGUUCUUUGUAUUUAACUUAAUUGAAAUGCUUCAAGUUUGACAUGUCAAGUUGAAGUCCUCCAUCAUUGGUGUACAGCUGCCAUCAUCUCAAACACUGAAGCAUAUAAAUAAAUGAUAAUGCUGAAAAUACGA